ACCGGCUCGGCGCGCCCGCGCGCCGCGGAGCUUCGAACUCCAUCGGUGUUGUUUCUUGGGGAGCCGACGGGCUUGGCAGGCACAGACGAAACCGUAGGCGGCCUGGCGGGGCGUUAUGCCCUCGCCCUCUACGAACUGGCCGACCAGAAGAAGCAGCUCGACGCCGUCGCCGACGAUCUGACCGGCCUGCGCGAGCUGAUCUCCGACAGCGACGAUCUGCGCAACCUGAUCCGCAGCCCGGUCUACGGGCGCGCCGACCAGGCCAAGGCGAUCGCCGCGAUCCUCGACAAGGCCGGGGCCGGGGAGCUGGUGCGCCGCUUCGUCGGCGUGGUCGCCGAGAACCGGCGGCUCUUCGCCCUGCCCCGCAUGAUCGACGCCUUCAUCGCCGAGCUGCGCCGGCGCCGCGGCGAGGUCACCGCCAAGGUGAUCUCCGCCCAGGCGCUGUCCGACGCGCAGCAGGCCGAACUUGCCGAGACCCUGCAGAAGAAGGUCGGCGGCAAGGUACAGAUCGACACCCAGGUCGACCCCUCACUGCUCGGCGGGCUGAUCGUCCAGGUCGGCAGCCGCAUGGUCGACGGGGGUUGGAUGAUGGACAUCCGGGCCGCGGAAAUCUCCUCGAUCCUCAAGCAGCAGAUCGAGAACUUCGGCGCCGAGGCCGAUGUCGCCGAGAUCGGCACGGUUCUCUCGGUCGGUGACGGCGUGGCGCGCGUCUAUGGUCUGGACAACGUCCAGGCCGGCGAGCUCGUCGAGUUCCCCGGCGGGGUCAAGGGCAUGGCCCUGAACCUGGAGCACGACAACGUCGGCGUGGUGCUGUUCGGCGACGACCGCGGCAUCAACGAGGGCGACACGGUCAAGCGCACCGGCGCCAUCGUCGACGUGCCGGUGGGCAAGGGUCUGCUGGGCCGCGUGGUCGACGCGCUGGGCAACCCGAUCGACGGCAAGGGCCCGCUCGAGGACGUCGAGCGCCACCGCGUCGAGGUCAAGGCGCCGGGCAUCAUCCCGCGUAAGUCGGUGCACGAGCCGAUGCAGACCGGCCUGAAGGCGAUCGACGCGCUGAUCCCGAUCGGCC